AUGACAAAGAUCAGAGCAAAAAUCAGUAAACGAGAAAAUAGAAAAAUGUCAGAGGAAAUCAAUGAAAACCAGAAGCUGGUUCUUCAAAAAGAUCAGAGCCCCAGGUCGGCUCCUGGGGCUGCUGGGCGGGCGGGGGUUGCACCCCCUGCAGCAGUUGAGGAGCGGGCUCGCCGCCGGCGGGAGGCCAGAAAGGAGGGCGGCACCGCCAGCCUUUUACACACACACACACAGCCCGCCACCCUCCUUCCUGGGGGCGGGGCGGCGGGCACUGCCCUCUCACAGGAAGUCAGCAAACCCGGGGGGCAGAGGAGCCACAACUUCCAGCCAUUUAAAACCCCGUCGCCCACGUCGGCCGAGCGGCCGGCAGCCGCCCAGCACCCCGCGCCCGCCCGGCGCCCGGACCCCGCCGGCCGCGCCCCCGGCCGCACCUCGCGCACCCCGACGUCGCCGCGCGCCCGCACACGCCUCCCCCGGCCCCGCAGCCCCGGCCCCGGGCGCCUUUGUGCAGCGAUGCCCCGACCUGCCCUCCGCCCGCGGCUCCCCUCUCCCCACCAACCUCACCGAGGGCCCGGCGGCCUCGCGGUGGGGGGGGCGGCUCCCUCCUGGCCCGGCUCGGCGGCAGCGGGGCGCCCAGACGAACCUGAAGGGCGCUCACUCAGCGGCGGCCGCGGCCGGCGCGUCCCCGCAGGCGGCUCUCCCGGGGCGGGAGCGCUGCCGGGCGAGGGUCAGCCUUUCCGGGCCCAGAAAUCGGAGAAAGUCCCCUCGCGACCUCACCUGACGGAAGGGAACUCUGGAGACCCUGGUCCACAACCUGGUCCCGGACCUUCGCCGGGAUCACCCGGCCGAGUGCGGAAACAGCGCGCACACUCCGCGGGCGGGCGGGCGGCUCCAGGGCGGCUUCUGCCGUGUGCAAGCCCCGUGGGGGCCACAAUGUCAUUGUCCAAAGUCACCCCAGCUUGCAGCGCUUGCGGGAUGGCAGCACGGAAUCCAGAAGUCAGAGGCAUAACAGGUUUCCCUGGGGAGACUGUGGCGAGAGUUCUGCUGGACUGGGACUCGAGAGAGAGACCUGGCUUCUGCCAUUGUCUCUUCGCCCUUCUCGACCUCAGCUGUGAAAGGAGCAUGUUGACGAGUCCAAAGCCUCCUAAGCUCUAAGAUUCAAGGACAGAAACAUCACUGCUAUGUACUCGGACUGCAGAAAACAUUCGUAACUAACCAAUUGUUGAUUGUCUAUUACGGUGCAGAGCUGAAAUUUUAAUAAAACAAGCAAAAGAAAAAAGAUCAGGGUAUGACUCAAGAGCCGGUCUCUGGAACUGGCUCUUUUGUAUUCUUCACAUCAUGCUUGAAGAUGCUGUUGUGUCUGACUUCCCCAUCACAAGCUGAACUCCCAGUUAUUCUGUAGUGACUGCAAAGAACCCAAUGGGAUAUUGGCAAGACUUUAACAACUAUAGUUUACUGACUUCUUAUAACAUUAAAUCUAAUGGGGGAGCUAAAGAUUUAAGAUUUUCUUUUAGGAAGAAAAGAAGGAUUUCCUGGAGGUCCAGUGGUUAAGACUCGGAGCAGUCCUUGAUCGGGGAACUAAGAUCCCGCAUGCCUGCAGCACAGCCAAGAAAGGAAAAAGAAAGAAAACAUGCACAAGCCUGAGGCCAUACUUUCUCAGACAAUUCACUGGACAAUACACCCACUUUCCUUGGCAUCACUUGUCCUUUCUGUCUCCCUUACUUUCUAACAAGUAACAUUUUGCAUGCCCUUGUUCAGCAGACAGAGUACUGCUGGUGUAUGCUUCUGACACUGUUUUCCAUAAAACCCCUGGGAUCUCGUUAUAGAACCAAAACAGGGACAGACAGCAAAAGGGAAACUGCCCUGAUGGGCAUGUGCAGAUAACCUUAUCUUCCGUGUUUCCCAAGCCUGAGUUGGACACCCGUGGUUUCAGCUUCAGAUAGAACUAAACAGUUUGCACACACUUGCUGAUCUGCACGUAACUCCACUUCCUAUUUCACAGCCUAAUCUCAGAUGCUACCACAAUGCCCACAGUAUGCUGAUCACUACCAACAGCAGAUGGAGUCAGAUAAAAAGAGCUCUCGCCCAAGUGUGUUGUUUAAAAGGACCUGAUGGAAAACUAUGAAAUCAUAUGCAACAUUGCCUCUAGUUAGUUUUAAAUAACACUGGUAGCAUAUGUCUGGUGCCUGUGCUCAGGAUCUCAACAGAUCAUUUUCAGGAUAUUGACAUUUAACUUGUGUCUUAAGAAGUAGCAUAGAGUUCCAAAAUGUAAGUUCCACAGAGGCAGAGAUUUGAGUCUGAUUUGUUUAGGUAGGUAGGUCCAGAAGCUUAAAAGCACUUGGCAUGCAGUAGAUGAACAGUAAAUUUCUAUGUAUUUCUAAUGUAUUUUUGAGUGAAAAUGUACUCUAAA